AUGGACAACAAGCCCGCCGCUACCGUCGAAGAGGGCACCCUUGCCACUCUGCCCGACGCUCCUAAGCGAUCCUUCACUGGAAAGAUCAAACGCUGUAUCAAGGCCCUCGGAACUCGGGACGCAUGGCUCGGCGACCACAACUACCUCGCGCUUUUUACUCCUACAAUUCCUUUCGUCUCCAAGGCCAACACAGCCGCCUUGCCCUUCUACUCGGUCAAUGCCCGCCUUCCCAUCUUCCUUGCCUUCGUCCUUGGGCUCCAACAUGCGCUUGCUAUGGUUGGUGGUGUCGUUACACCUCCUCUCCUCAUCGGCGGCAGUUCCGGUGCGAACCUCGGUCAGGCAGACACCCAGUUCCUCAUCGCUUCUACCUUGAUCUGGUGUGCCUUCGGCACGGCCCUCCAGGUCUCGCGAACUCGCCUCUUCAACACCAAGUACCACCUCGGCACCGGUAUCGUCAGUGUGACGGGUGCCAGUUUCGCCACCGUCUCAAUCGCCCUGUCGUUCUUCGCCCAGAGUUAUGCCGACGGCUCGUGCCCCGUCGGAGCGGGUGGGGUUAAGCUCCCGUGCCCCGAGGCCAUGGGUGCCUUCCUGGGAACCUGCUGUCUUUGUGGCCUGAUCGCCAUUGUUAUGGCUUUCAUCCCUCCGCGCGCCAUCCGAAAGCUUUUCCCUCCUCUCAUCGUCGGAAUGAUGCUGGCUCUCAUUGGCGCUUCGCUCGUAAAGAGUGGGAUUCAGAACUGGGCGGGCGGCAGCGCUCCGUGUGCCACAAACCAUUCGAUCAUGUGCACCAUUGGCAGCCGAAAGCAGUACUGGGGUUCGGCUCCCUUGAUCGGUCUUGGCUUUGUCUCCUUCGCCACCAUCAUACUUUGCGAGAUUUUUGGAAGUCCCUUCCUCAAGUCGGCCUCGGUGUUUGUGGGUCUUGUCACCGGCAUGAUCGUUGCCGCCGCCACGGGAUACUUUAACACGGCAACGAUCAACAAGGCACCCGCGGGAAGCUUCCUUUGGACCAAGACGUACCCCCUUAGCAUCAAGGCUCAACUCAUCCUGCCUCUUUUGGCUGCCUACGUUGUCAUUGUCGCCGAGACUGUCGGCAACGUCACGGCUUCGUGCGAUGCUUCGCGCUUGCCCAUGGACGGAGUCGAGUUUGAGUCGCGCAUUCAGGGCGGCAUGCUUGCCGACUCGCUCUCUGCUACUCUUGCUGGUCUUGCCAUGGUUCCUCCCCUGACUACGUUCUCGCAGAACUCGGGUGUCAUCUCGCUCACACGCAACGCCUCGCGUACCGCCGGAUUCGUCUGCGCCGCCAUCCUCUUCCUCAUGGGCGUCAUCGGCAAGUUCUCGUCGCUCUUUGUCGCCAUGCCUUCCAGCGUUCUCGGUGGAUUCACCACCUUCCUCUUCGGCUCUGUCGCGGUUGCUGGUAUCCGCAUCAUGGCUUAUGCCAAAUGGGACCGAAGGGCGCGCUUCAUUGCCACGGCGGGCAUGAGCUUGGGUCUGGCCAGCUUAACCAACCCGAGCUGGUUCUCGUACUUUUUCACCUACCACGGCUCCAACAAGGGUCUCAGGGGUCUCAUCCAGGCCAUCGUUCUCAUUGUUGAGGAGCCUUACCUCAUCUCGAGCUUGCUCGCCAUCUUGCUCAACGCUAUCCUGCCCGCAGAGAUGGACGAUGAACACUCGACCUCGGAACAGGAUGAGACCACCUCCUCCAACGACGGCCUCGACUCGAAGGUCGACGCUGAGGUUUCCCACAACACAACGUCCCAAGUGCCCGACCUCGAAAGCGGCGAGGAGGCUCAGAAGAAAUGGAACCAGCCCGGAACCUUCUUUGGACGCCAAUGA